ACGUCCAGCUGAAGAAUUUGAGGGGCGUGACACAUGCGAAUCUGGAGGAAGCAAUGCUGGAGUGGUUUGGCCAGCUUAGGGCGCAAAACCUGCCUGUAAGCGGACCCAUGAUGCUGAAAAAGGCAGACGAAUUAAGCUUGAAGUUAGGCAUUGAGAACUUCAAAUGUUCAAACGGUUGGCUGGAUCGUUUUAAAGUUCGUCAUGGCAUAUCGAGUCGUAAAAUCGUUGGUGAAAGUGCGUCAGUCGACCCACAAUCUGUGAACGAAUGGUUGCCCUUGCUUGGAAACAUCCUUUGCCGAUACCCGCCUCGCGAUGUUUACAACGCGGACGAGCUGGGGAUGUUCUAUAAUCUGAUGCCAGAUCGUACUCUAGCUAUGAAAGGUGACAUGUGCAAGGGUGCAAAGCGAAGCAAAGAGCGCCUCACCGUCCUUCUGUGCUGCAACAUGGACGGCAGUGACAAAAUGAAGCCUCUCGUGAUAGGAAAAUUCCAGAAACCCAGAGGAUUCAAGGGCAAUGUAAUUCCAUGUGAUUACGAUUUUAAUAAAAAGGCAUGGAUGACUUCAACGGUGUUCAUGAGAUGGCUUCGCGGCUUUGAUGCAAAGAUGGGCGCAGCCAACCGAAAAGUUGUUCUCUUUGUCGACAAUUGCCCAGCACAUCCUGCUGUCGACAACCUCAGGAACAUUGAACUGGUGUUCCUGCCAAAGAACACCACCAGUGUGCUUCAGCCUCUGGAUCAAGGCAUAAUACAGCAAGUGAAACUGAAGUUCCGCGAAAUGCUCGUGCGGAGCAUGGUUUUAAAAAUGGAAAUUGGCAAAGAUGUCAAGAAGUGGGAUGUAUUUAGAGGGAUAGAAGCAAUUGUUGCUAGUUGGAGGGCCGUGCAGCCUACAAUUAUCGCCAACUGCUUCCGACAUGCCCACUUUGUCACACCAGUCGACAAAGAGGCUACCGUCCAUGUGCCUCUUGCUGCUGCCAACUCUGAAGACCCGGACGACCCGCCGACAAUGGAUGCCGAACCCCAGCCAGGCCCUUCAACGGAACCGGAGCUGGGCCCUGUGACAGUGUUGACACCUUCCCCUUGCACUGUUACUAGGCCUUGCGACGAUCAAAUGUGGCAGCAUUUGGCCCCAGACUGUACAUUUGAGGAAUUUGUGAGAGUGGACGAUGACGUCGCAGUUUGCGGUGCCCUUGAUGAUGCCGGAAAAUUACAGCAAGACUCCAGUGACGAAGAGGGGGAAGGAGAAAUGGAAGAACUCGAAGACGUUCCCACAACGAGAGACGUCCUCAAAGCUGGAGACGUCUAUGCAUCAAUGCUACGACAUCAUGGUGCAAGUGAGGAGAUGUGGUCUCACUUUACAAAAUUGAAAGAAUUUGUCGAGAAAGCUGCCAUUAAGCAGAAACAGACCUCAAUUAAGGACUUUUUUAAAAAGUAGGGCAGUUUUAAUAUAACU